GCAAGGCGGGGGAUUGCGAACAGACCGAAAAGCCUGGAGAACCGCUGCGGACUUAAUCGGAACUGUCCAUACAAAAUUAGAAGGGAACAUUUCCUGCACAAUCACCCUCCAGGUCCAUCAAGAGACGCCAUUUGAGUUUUACAAGUCCAGACGUUCCCCGGCCAGACAUGAAGAGCCCUCCGGGUUUGGAUCGCUGAGCAGCUGAGGUCGGCGCUAUAAAAACGGACAGUCCUGACAGUCAUGGCCGAUCGAGAUGGGCUUCCUCUUGCCCCGGGUCAAGCCUACGUGGAGGUGGAAUAUGACUAUGAGUACAAGGCCAAAGAUAAGACGGUCACCAUCCGGCAGGGGGAGUGCUACAUCCUCGUGAAGAAAACCAACGAGGACUGGUGGCAGGUGAGGAAAGACGAGGGCGCAAAGGCUUUCUACGUGCCGGCUCAGUAUGUCAGAGAGGUGCGGCGGGCGCUGAUGCCCCCCCAGAAGCCCACCUUGAGGGCCAAACCUACCGUUCUGGAUAUCUGUAUGGCGUCAAAUGAGAACCUGAACCGGCCGCAGCCAGAAAUGUCCAGCUUUGGGCGACCGUCGCCUUCCUCCACGCCGUCACCUUCCUCAGACCGCGUCACGCCGCCGGCUCCGCCCAAGGAUGCUAAUCAGAAUUUGGGAAGCCCCCAUCAUUGCAAGGUGGUUGCCGAAUUGGUGCUUCUUCACAACAACAACAAUCAUCAUCUUGCCAACAAUUCGACCCUCCCGCGGACGCGAGCCGACUCGCCGCCGCUCAGAGAGGAGAACCACCACAGCAGAAGUCCAGACAGUGACAAGACCUCACCGCAAUGUGACCUACCAGGAAACGGACUCGGCAAGCUCCGCAACGACUCGGAGUCCGGCGAUGAGCUCAGUAGCAGUUCAACAGAACACAUGCAGACCACAUCGCCAACGGGUCAAGGCAGGUCAGACUCGCCGGUCUACACCAACCUCCAGGAGCUUAAGAUCUCUCAGUCCAGCCUGCCGCCUGUGCCCUCCGGUUCACCUCUGCACAUCCACGGCGACUGGGAGACGCACAAAGACCUGAGUGGCAGGCAUUUCUACUAUAACCGGGCUACGGGGGAGCGCACUUGGAAACCACCACGCACCCGGGACGCCAGCGGCAGCACCGGCAGCUUCCGAGGAGAAGGUCACCAAGGCACAGCAGAGAGCGAGCUGCUUUCGUCUGAAGAAAACGGUCACAGCACCCAUUCCAGCCAGUCUGACAGCCAGUAUGGGUCGCCCCCCAGAGGCUGGUCUGAGGAACUGGAUGAGCAUGGGCACACCCUUUACGUCUCUGAAUACACACAAGAAAAGUGGAUCAAACAUGUUGAUGAGCAAGGCCGACCCUACUACUACAACACUGACGGAUCCAGGUCUGAAUGGGAAUUACCCAAGUAUAACAUCUCCCCUCAGUCUGGUGAGGUCCCCAAGAGUCGCAGCCUUGAGAGGAAGCAGCCGGACCCCAUCAUCCUCACCAAGUGGAGGCACAGCACUUAUGUCCUUGAUCUCAACGACAAGGAGUGUGCUACGGCGCCCAAGCAGAGCUCUCCCGACUCUGACUCCUGCCCAUCAUCUCCUAAGCACCCCUCAACUCCGUCAGAGAAGUGCGGGGUCCUAAAUGUCACCAAAAUCACGGAGAAUGGAAAAAAAGUCAGGAAGAACUGGGCAUCCUCGUGGACGGUGUUACAGGGUUCCUCGCUCCUCUUUGCAAAGGGUCAAGGAGGAAGCACUAGCUGGUCUUUUUACCGAAACGGCUCCAUCCCCGAGUUGCUCCUCACUCUUCUUAGCAACUUGAAGCCAUCAGUCAAGCCCCGCCCCGCUGUCUCCUAUAAGUUUGGCAGCAACCAGUCGAAGCCCGAGUUUACCGUUGACUUGCGCGGGGGUUCCGUGGAAUGGGCUUCCAAGGACAAGUCCAGCAAGAAGCAUGUCAUUGAGCUGAAGACUCGUCAGGGGACAGAACUGCUGAUCCAGUCUGAGAUUGACAGCGUCAUUAAUGACUGGUACCGGGCCCUGACCGAGACCAUUAACACAUACGCGUGGGAGUCGGAUGAGGCCAUCGAAGAGGAUAUGCCGGACUCUCCGGGAGCUGAGAAACAGGACAAAGAGAAAGAUCAGCGAGAGUCGAAGAAGAACAGAGUUGUGAUGAAGACCUCCGUCAGUAUGGACUCAUCAGACCAGAAAAAAACCCGGCUGAAGCUCAAGAAGUUCUUGACGCGUCGACCCACCUAUCAGGCAGUACGAGACAAAGGCUACAUCAAAGAUCAAGUUUUUGGCUGCAGUCUGAGCAACCUGUGCCAGCGGGAGAACACGUCCGUGCCCAAAUUUGUGAAAAUGUGUAUCGACCACGUGGAGAACACGGGUCUCAGUAUCGAUGGCUUGUAUCGAGUGAGCGGGAACCUGGCAGUGAUACAGAAGCUCCGCUUUGCCGUGAACCAUGACGAGAAGGUGGAACUGGAUGACAGCAAAUGGGAGGACAUCCACGUCACGACAGGAGCACUCAAGAUGUUCUUCCGGGAACUUCCAGAGCCUCUAUUUACUUACGGAUCCUUCAAUGACUUUGUUAAUGCAAUUAAAUGUUCUGACUACAAGCAGAGAGUCAAUUCAAUCAAAGACUUGAUCAAGAAGUUGCCAAAACCUAACCACGACACAAUGCAAGUCCUCUUCAAACACCUGCGCAGGGUGAUCGACCACGGCGAAGCCAACCGCAUGACCACCCAGAGCGUGGCCAUCGUUUUCGGCCCCACGCUGCUCCGGCCCGAAACGGAGACGGGCAACAUAGCGGUCCAUAUGGUCUACCAGAACCAGAUAGUUGAGCUCAUACUGCUGGAGUUCGAAAGCAUCUUUGGCAGGUAGACGCAAAGGGGCUACAGACUUUUUGCCUCUUCUUCCUUUUUUUUUUUUUCCUCUGUUUUUGUUUUUGACUGAACUCUGUGUUGCCGCGGACCUGGCAACUGCGAAGGCCAACUCCUCCGUUUACACAUGCAUGACAAGGCAUUGCACUUACCAGUUCUGGAGAUGAGUUUCAAGGGGCAACAGGCCCCCCCUCCACCUUUCCAGCUGCCGUUCCUUUGCAGACGGGCGGCAACCUUUCAGUUGACCUCUCGUGAUUUGGUGAAUUUGAGUCUUCGGGGUUGGGGUUAUUAUAUAUAUUUUUUUUGGGGGGGGUGCCGCAGUCACUGAAUCCUAUAAAACCUCCUUGUGUUGGGGAGCGUUCAGGGAUGCUGCUCCGGUGACGUUAAAGGCAGACGCAAACCUCAUGAUGUUGCCUGAAAUGUGUUGGUCUUCUGUGUUGUGGCGCUUCGUCUGUGACGCCAGUUAUGCCAUAAUCAGUGUUGUGUUAAUGGGCCGAUGUUUUCUUUUGUUGUCGUUAGUGUCGUUUCUGUUUUUAUUUUGUCUCAAUUUUUUUUUUUUUUUUUUUGCACUUGGAUGAACUGGAGCAGUGUUUCACAUUGUGCCCCCACUUCCCCCACCCGGUACCCCUCACCCUUUAAGUGUUAACCCGAUGGAGGGAUAAAAACAGUGUUUGUUGUUGGGAGUGAAUUAAAACCUGCACAGAA